AUGGGGAAGCUUCAAGUCGGGGGGAAACCCGACGUGAAAAGGGAGGUUGUCAGUGCAUCUGCUAAUCUGGAAGUGAUCAGUCACGAGAGUUUUGUUAAACGUCUCGAAGGGAUGAGCUCGGCCUGUUACAACUGCCACAAGGAGCGAACCCGUUCCCAGCGGAACAAGCCUGGCCGGAAAGGAAAAGCUGGUCGUCGGAACCAGCACGCCAAGGCUAACACGCCUAUUGUGAUACACCUGAAGGACACACUGCCUUCUACGGGCAAGAACCGACAGUCCAGUCUAGAUGGAGACUCGGACGUGUCCUCGACCAAGUCCACGGAUGAGGACCUGUACAUGAGUAGCAGCGGCAGCAGCAGUAGUGGACAGGCGUACCGUGCGGCAACUGCCACCACCAAGGGUUCGGUUCUAGACUACCAGUUUUCUUCGGUGUACGGGGAUGUUGCCUCUAUCCCUGAAUUUGUGCCACAGUACAGGAGUCAUCACUUCCAUCAGGUCUGGCCCCAUACGUUGUACCACCAUGCGACUGUGAUCCCCUCCAGCGUGUUCUCACACCCCACGGCUGCUGCGAAGUCGUCGUACCACUCCUAUCUUUCCAAGGCCGAGAAGGUGAAAGAGAAAUCUAGAAAGAAUUUGACAGCUUUGAUCUCAGUCAUAGAGAAAGCUCAUAUGAAGGAAGCUAAAAAUAUCGAGCCAAAUUUAAGUCGGAAUUCGACAGAUGCUAAACUGAGCAAUGUUCUCAACAACCUGUCGCUGUCAUCACAGAACGAUAUCGAGGUGAAACGCAGGAACAUGGCAGAGUGCCAGAACGUCGAGCUGAUCUGUAACGAUUUGUCCAACGCAGGUGACAAACUGGCCGAAAGCACUGACGAGUCUGAUACCAGCGACAAGGCGUCAGUCGUCUCUAGCGCCGACACGCUGUCAGACGACGCCACAGACGCUGCCAUAUUUGAUGAGGUCAAGGCUCACGAGUUCACAUCUGAUGAACUUCAGCAGUUGGCUGAGUACACUUUAGGGGCGCCUCUAAUACGAUACGAUUACCCACCAUCUCAGUGCCCGGAGUGUAUUAACGCCUUAUACUGUUACCAGUAUUUUCCAUACGAGAAUUACCGCAUAUACACUGGCCCUAAACAAACAGGCCACGUAUACACUGGCUCUAAACAAACAGGCCACGUCCACAACUUACGGCAAUAUCGCCACCCACAUUUUCAGCAGCAGCGAGUGUCCAGUCGCAUCGGGCAGCAGGAGAAGAUACAAGCCUCCCCCAGGACAUCUACCUCAUCGGAAUCAGAUGUUUCGUCUGAUGUUGAAGACUGUUCCACAACGAGCAGUUCUUCUUCUCUAAGCUCCUCCUCUUCUUCUGUUCGAAAAUCCACCGCAUCUGCACUGACGUCCAGUGGCAGCAAAGCCCACACAAAAGCCACACAUCCACACAAGACAUCUAGAAAUCCACGUCCACACGCCCAUAGCAGGAAUCAGGACAGUCAGAACAAGAAGCCUGUAAAACGGGCCACUGCUAGCUGGAAGGCAGCCCGCCAGCUCUGGGACAUCGACCUCUCCAAGUCCCAUCGCCGUGCCAGUAAUAACAACCGGGGCUGUAUUCCCGCGGACAGUGUAUACAUGGACCUGACUGGCACGGACGUGUCCAUUUCGGUCAUGUACCACCAGCAACCUUCAGACAUGACUCCAACCUGGCCGUACCCCGUCCACUCAUUGUACCAAGCUGUCUACACUCCCACUCUCACCGCAUCCACCCUGGAUAUGGGCGGCUCUCCCUGGAAGUUCACCAACCACACCAUGUACCCAUUCAAUAUUGACACCAUUUCCACACACGAGCUCAAGAAAUAUGAGAUGUCCAUGCCACCAAACAGGCCCUGGCUCAACAUCGGAUGUCCCGACAAGGAGGUCCCCGCUGCCGUGUUCACGGUGAUGUGUUACAACGUGCUGUGUGACAAACUCUGCACCAAGGCCAUGUACGCUUACUGCCCCACCUGGGCGCUCAGCUGGGACUACCGCAAGAAAGGCAUCAUGAGCGACAUCCUCCGCGGCAACGCUGACAUCAUUACAUUGCAGGAGGUUGAAACGGAACAGUAUUACAACAUGUUUUUCCCGGAGCUUGCACAGUUGGGCUACGAUGGCAUCUUUCUGCCCAAAUCCAGGGUCAGAACCAUGAACUCGGACAAGGAAAAGAAGACAGUGGAUGGCUGUGCCAUCUUCUUCAAAAAGAGCAAAUUUGAAAAGGUCAACGAGCACCACAUAGAGUUCAGCCAGCUGGCCACCAAGGAAGGCGCCUCCAACACGGACACAGAUAUGAUCAACAGGGUCAGCACCAAGGACAACAUCGCUGUCGUGGCUGUCCUGAAGACACGACCUGGGGCAUAUGAUAACAGUCCGGUUCCACCACCAAAGUGCCUAACACAGAUGCUGAUGGUGUCUACUGCUCACAUCCACUGGGACCCUCAGUCCCCUGAUGUCAAACUGGUACAGACCAUGAUGCUCAUUGAAGAACUGCAGAAAUAUGUCAAGGAAGCCUCCGUGCAGUUUCGGCCCAAUGCCCCUCCGCCCUCGCUGGAUGCCGACCUCUGCAACAGUAUACCUCUGAUCUUGUGUGGGGAUUUUAACUCUUUACCAGAUUCUGGUGUGUAUGAGUUCCUGUCAAAAGGCCGGUUAGUGACUACCCACAAGGACUUUGAGGGCCAGAACUACCAAGUGUUUAUGAAGGAUAGACAUGAAAAUGGCACCAUCACCCACAAUUUUAAUCUUACCAGUGCUUACAAAGAUGUCAUCCCUUUCACAAAUUAUACGUUUGACUUUAAAGGCAUCAUCGACUACAUUUUCUACUCAGAUCAACACCUACGCCUUCACGGAGUUAUGGGCCUUCAAGACGAGGAAUGGUUCCGAGCCAACAAAAUCGUGGGGUGCCCCCAUCCAUUUGUGCCCUCAGACCACUUCCCCCUGUUUGCAGAAUUCUCUCUACCAGUUUCCCCAUCCCUGAGGCCCAGAUAG